UCCAGCUGUUCAAUGUAAACAUGUGCGACUCCACGAACUCGACAAAGGAAGAUACUGAUGCCACUUUGGAAGAGUGCACCGACAAAAGACCUAAAUUUGGAAAUCGUUUUCUAACAAAUGAAGACGAUGUCUUUUCACACAAUGCUUGGGAUAAUGUCGAAUGGGACGAGGAGCAGGAACAACAAGCUUUACAGGCGGUAGUAAAAAAUUCCACCGUUAAAAUGCCAGAAACUGAUAAGGAGAAAUUUAAGAGUGAAGCGGACAGAUUUUGGGAUUCAUUUUACGGUGUUCAUCAAAAUAAAUUUUUCAAAGAUCGUCACUGGCUAUUUACAGAAUUUCCUGAACUCGCACCCAACAAAGAUAUAUCAGAAGCUAGAAGUAUAUUUGAACUUGGUUGUGGUGUGGGCAAUACAAUAUUACCCAUUUUGAAAUAUAGUCAAGAACCUGAGCUUAAAGUAUAUGGCUGUGAUUUUUCCGCCAAAGCUAUAGAGAUUUUUAAAUCUGAUCCAGUGUACGAUGCUAAACGGUGUGAAGUAUUUGUUAUGGACGCAACACUGGAUGAAUGGCAGGUGCCCUUUGCCUUGGAAUCGCAAGAUAUUAUUGUUUUGAUAUUUGUUCUCUCGGCCAUUGAGCCACAGAAAAUGCAACGCGUUGCAGAAAAUUGUUAUCGUUAUUUGAAACCUGGAGGUUUGUUGCUAUUUCGUGACUAUGGUCGUUACGAUUUGGCUCAGUUGCGCUUUAAAAGUGGUAAAUGUUUAGAGGAUAAUCUGUAUGUACGUGGUGAUGGCACUAUGGUAUAUUUCUUUACACAAGAGGAGGUGCGAAAUUUAUUUACAAAGGCUGGUUUUGUGGAAGAACAAAAUGUAAUUGAUAGACGUUUACAAGUGAAUCGGGGCCGUAUGCUGAAAAUGUACCGGGUUUGGAUACAAACAAAAUAUAGAAAACCGCUGAUUUCUACAUAAGAUGUGAAAAAAUGCCCAAACAUACAAUUUAUGCAAUGCAAAAUAUUUACACAUUUAGAAAUUUUAAUAAAUUUAUAAUGGCAAUUUGUAUAAGAUUACAAAAUCUAAUAUCUAAAUAAUGAAUCAAUAAAUAAUAUACCAUGAUAGCAAAA